AUGCAAACUUAUUGUAAGAAUACUUGUGGUCUUUGCGGUUCUACCUCUCCACCACCAACUCAAGGUAAGCAAAAUAGGCCACAUAACAACAGCAUUCUUAAACCUUUAAAUUUUCAAAUUUAAUACACCCAUUCUCUUCCAGGCUGUGUCGAUGGCGCUACAAAUUGCGCCGACUUCAAGAGUCAAUGUGGUACACCAAAGAUGCAAACAUACUGUAAACAUACAUGCGGUCUUUGCGGAUCAACGCCAGCCCCAUUUACCCCACCAACCCAAGGCUGUGUUGACGGAGCUACAAACUGCGCUGACUUCAAGAGUCAAUGCGGCACACCAAAAAUGCAGACAUACUGUAAGCACACGUGCGGAGCCUGUGGUUCAACUACACCUACCCCAACCACUCGUGAGUAGACUACGUUUUUUAAAACUAUGUAUAUUCCCCGCCAAAAGUUUUGACCCCCCUUCUAACUCGGUCCAAAGUGUACCAAUUUGGACCAAAUUUGGUACGUAGUCUAGUGACAGCCUAGUAAUAAAAAAUAUCAUAGUAGGAGAAACCAUAUAGCUGUAUUUCAAAAUCUAGGGACAGUUUUCAAAAAUCACCUCAAAAAAACGGGACAAAAGUUUUGACCCCCCUGCAAAAAAAUUAAAUAUCGCCACCGGAUGUAGCCCGAACCUUUUACAAUCGAUGCCCCAUACCUGAAUACAGAUUAAUAAAUGCUUUUUCGUUGAAUGCUUCGUUGCAUUUGAGGAUGCAACGCGUUAAACUGAUUUUGAUGUAGAGCUGCCCAAAAUGGUAAAAAUCUUGUACUGGCGCUUUGUAAAAGUUCUAAAUUAUGUUCACAUCAUGUGAUCUUGACGUGUUAUAACCUGCAUUAACCUUUUCCUUUCGAAAAAAGUCCAUGAUGGCCUAGCGGUAUCGAUUCGGCCGAUAUCCAGUUGUCAUGGUCAGCCUUGGUGAGCCAUUUGCUCUUUCACUAAAGGUCUAGAUGUGGUCGCUAGGUCCUCAAUAUAAUCCUGAGACUCCUAUUUACUCUCAGCAGGGUAAAAAGUUUCGAUUUGACGCGUUUUGGAAUGGGUUUCAUUCACCUAAAUCUUAAGUUUGCCGUUACUGUAGAUGCUCCUGAGUACGACGCCAUCCCCACCGCCCAUUUGUCGUUCCAUACGUCUCAAAUGAGUAUGGCGGGUGCUGCAGCGUCCUAAAUUACCUGGCCCAUCAAGUGAAAGCCAUUUUUGGUCGCAAAAAAUCCAUUUGAAGAAAGCGGGUUUUUCAUUAAGGUGCAGAUGCGCAAAGCUGCAUCUGCAAACCAUAUGAGAUCGUGUCAGCGGGAGUUUAUUCUUGGUUUAAGAGUUGAUAUGAGUCUCAGGAUUAGAUUGAGGACAUAGCGACCACAUCUAGCCCUUUAGUGAAAGAGCAAAUGGCUCACCAAGGCUGACCAUGACAACUGGAUAUCGGCCGAAUCAAUACCGCUAGGCCAUCAUGGACUUUUUUCGAAAGGAAAAGGUUAAUGCAGGUUAUAGCACGUCAAGAUCACAUGAUGUGAACAUAAUUUAGAACUUUUACAAAGCGCCAGUACAAGAUUUUUACCAUUUUGGGCAGCUCUACAUCAAAAUCAGUUUAACGCGUUGCAUCCUCAAAUGCAACGAAGCAUUCAACGAAAAAGCAUUUAUUAAUCUGUAUUCAGGUAUGGGGCAUCGAUUGUAAAAGGUUCGGGCUACAUCCGGUGGCGAUAUUUAAUUUUUUUGCAGGGGGGUCAAAACUUUUGUCCCGUUUUUUUGAGGUGAUUUUUGAAAAUUGUCUCUGGAUUUUGAAAUACAGCUAUAUGGUUUGUCCUACUAUGAUAUUUUUUAUUACUAGGCUGUCAGUAGACUACGUACCAAAUUUGGUCCAAAUUGGUACACUUUGGACCGAGUUAGAAGGGGGGUCAAAACUUUUGGCGGGGAGUAUAUGUUAGCGUUUCUAAUGCAUAAUAUUUUUUCUUCAGAAUGCGUUGAUGGAGCUACAAAUUGCUCUCAAUUCAAGAGCCAAUGCGGAACCCCUAAGAUGAAAGAAUUCUGCAAACACACUUGUGGAGCUUGCUGA